AUGAUGCUACAUCCUGUUUACUGCUAUCUACUGUACCUCAACGGCACUUGUUUUCUCUUCCGUUACAACAUAGGGGGGAUAAAGAGUUAAUUUGAAAUGCCACAGGAUACAUUAUUAACAGCAUUGACCAUCUGAAAAAAUAAGGUACUUCUUUUUUCUUCCCUAUGUGAGUUGCAGGUCAGCCAUAUUAACACCAUGUCUUGCCGGGACAUCCACGCCACCAACGCCUUUGCCUUCUUCAUUGCCUUUGUUUCUGUGGCCGGGAUGGCUGUAGCAGCCUUAAUCCCUCAGUGGCGCAUAACCAGACUGGUCACCUUCAAUCGCAAUGCCAAAAACAUCAGCGUUUACGAUGGGCUCUGGGUGAAGUGCGUCAAGCAGGAUGGUUAUUCGGGAUGCUACUUCUAUGACUCAGAGUGGUACUCCAAAGUGGACCAACUGGACCUGAGGCUCCUGCAGUUCUGCUUGCCCGCAGGUUUAGUGUUCGGCUCUGUGGCCUUGCUGCUAUGCAUGGCUGGCAUGUGUAAAACCUGCUGCUGCUCAGAAAAGCCUGAAGCGGACAUUAAAAGUAUUCGCUUCUUGGUGAACAGCGCGGGCUGCCACCUGGUGGCAGGGACAUUUCUCUUCCUGGGCGGAGCUAUUGCCGUAGCGCCCUCCGUGUGGUUCCUGUUCUGCACCAAGGAGCUGAACAACAGAUAUGACAACAUUUUCUCCGAUGGCUUCGCGGUGUAUGUGUCCAUAGGCUGCUCUGGGGGGCUGAUGCUGGCCGCCCUGCUCAUGUUCAUGUGGUACUGCAUGUGCAAAAAGUUGCCCUCGCCCUUCUGGUUGCCGCUUCCCUCCAUAUCAACCUCGGCAUCCACUCAGCCGCUCACAGCUAACGGAUUCCCGCCUUCGCCAGUUUACGGCCCUCAACCCUUCCCACUGCAUCAGGCCUAUCCUCCCACGGUAAUUGACACGCAGACAUAUGUUCCGGCACUGGGCUAUGUGCAGAGUGUGGCCGCACCCACACCUCCACAAGUGUACAUGUCUCAGAUUUCUGCUCCAGAUGGGUACUGCUCAGAGGUAGGGGGCGGACAAGCAUACAGCUACGCACCCUCUCAGAGCUGUGCAUCCUCUCAAAACUACGCACACUCUCAGAGCUACGCACACACUCAAAGCUAUGCACCAAGCUACGCCGGCCGCCGCUACUCUUCCCGCUCACGCAUGUCUGCCAUUGAGAUUGACAUUCCUGUGGUGAUGCAGUAACACAAGUGAAUGAGAUGGUCAUAGAAGCAAGCAUUUGUUGAGAGCUUAUGAUAUUUCAUGAAGGAUAACAUUUACCGUAGAACAAAGAGUCAUGUUGCCGGCGAAAAUGAUUCAAGUGUUUGUAUAAAAAAAACCACUAAAUUACAUGUCCACUUACUAGCCUUUUCCCUGUUUGCCCAAUAAGGAGCUGAAUAUACAUAUAUUUACGUAUAUAAUUAGUUUGGAUGCCAAAUUACUUCUCCUGUUACAUGAAGUGCCUGAGAUUCACAAGUUUGUCCAUGUAAAAAAGAUUUCUGCUACUACAGAACUCCUUUGGUGCAAAAUGAAUUGUUCAAUAAUGUGACUUUAAAGAGCAGCUGUCAAUAAUGCACUAAUAUGUACUAAUGCAAGUAACUGUGCCACUUGACAAUGUAGAAUUGAUUAUUUGAAUUUGUAUUUUGUUGUUACUGUAUUGUGAUCCCAACUAGCUGUCACACGCAUUAAGUUAUGACACUGUACAUCAAGAAACACUGUAAAAUGUGGUAAAAGUAGUAGCUUGUAUCACUGAAUGAAGAACAUUCCAAACUAGGUUUUUAAGAGCACACUACAGCAUUUAUUGACUUAAGUGUCUGCCACUUUUUUUUGUUUUAUUGAUUUUUUUCCCCGCAUUAAACACGAAAUGUGAUUGUUGUGAUUUUGGUUCUUCAAGUGAACAAUGAGAACAGACUUGGAGUUGCCAGCGUUUUUAAAUGCAAUUGACCUUCAUAUGUGCGCCAUCUGACGACUGAAGUCACAGUCUAAAACCCUCACUAAAUGAGCCACGAGUCAAAGGAAACUUGACAUAAUUUGAAUGCACUUUUCUGGUUCAUUGUUUUGUUAAGUAGCCUCGUUUAGGCGUACACACACCCAUUUUGUAUUCACUUUAUUUUAUAACCUGUGCUAGCUUUUAUUGGAGUAUUAUUUCUUCAUGCACAGUAUUCUAGAAUUAUUUGUUAAAAUGCUCGUGAAAAAUGUUCUUGUAAAGUUGUUUAGCAUGAAGGUUAUCUGUAACCUGGGCAGUUUUUAUUGUGGCACACAUUUUGUCAUGUGAGAGAAAAUCCAAAAUAAUGACGUCACUGUCAAAACAUUGGGAUACGAUACUUCGAUGUUUACCUUGAAGACAUAACUGAGAUGAAAUUACACUUUACAAUAUUCCCACAAAUGAGUAUAAAUUGGUGAAAAUCUGAAUUAUUCAGAUAUUACUUCUGCCAGUGGUUAAUCAUAAUUUCAAAAAGGAAAUAUAAUAAGGCCGUCUUUUAAAAGACUCUAAGAUUUGGCUUUUUUCAGUGAGUCAUAACUCACAUCUCUGCUUCAGUUGGAGUGAAUUACUAAAAAGCGUACAAGAGACACCAUCUUUCCUCAACCCUCAGCACCGGUGCCCCACAGGGCUGUGUUUUGAGCCCCUUGCUUUUCAGUCUUUACACCUAUGACUGUAUUCCCAUCCAUCCUAGCAAUUCCAUCAUCAAAUACGAAGGUCCUGAGUAGUACUGGGUUCAAUCCCGGGCUCGGGAUCUUUCUGUGUGGAGUUUGCAUGUUCUCCCCCUGACUGCGUGGGUUCCCUCCGGGUACUCCGGCUUCCUCCCACCUCCAAAGACAUGCACCUGGGGAUAGGUUGAUUGGCAACACUAAAUUGGCCCUAGUGUGUGAAUGUGAGUGUGAAUGUUGUCUGUCUGUCUGUGUUGGCCCUGCGAUGAGGUGGUGACUUGUCCAGGGUGUACCCCGCCUUCCGCCCGAUUGUAGCUGAGAUAGGCUCCAGCACCCCCCGCGACCCCGAAGGGAAUAAGCUGUAGAAAAUGGAUGGAUGAAUGGAAUUUGCGGAUGAUACUACAGUAGUGGGGCUCAUCACAAAAGGGGACAAGACUGCCUAUAGAGAAGAGGUGAAGGCACUGUCAGACCACUAUGCCAAAAACAACCUAAUUCUCAAUCCCGCAAAGACCAAGGAGCUGAUUGUUGAUUUCAGGAAAAAAAUCACUGAGCCCAUCCAGCCCAUCUACAUCAUGGGAGAGGAGGUGGAAAGGGUCUCAGAGUGCAAGUUCCUGGGUGUGAACAUCUCAAGCAACAUGACCUGGAAAAGCAACACCACUGCACUCCAGAAAGAAGGUCAGCAAAGACUAUUUUCUGAGAAGGCUGAGGAAAAUUGAUCUGGCUGAUAACCUGCUCCUGUCCUUAUAUCGCUGCUCCGUUGAGUCAAUACUGACCUACGGUAUCUCUGUGUGGUUUUCUAGCUGCAUGGUGGCAGAGAAAUAAAUUACAGGGGGUCAUAAACGUGGCCCAGAGGAUCACUGCAUGUCCUCUUACAUCUCAAGAGCACCAGUAUAAGAGACACUGCAACAGGAGAGCAAACAGCAUCCUCAGGGACUCAUCCCACCCAGGUCACCACUGGCUUGAACUCUUGCCCUCAUGUAGGCACUAUAAGACCAUCAAAGCAAGGACAAAUAGAUUGAAAAACAGUUUCUAUCCAAGAGCUGUUAUUGCCCUAAACACUGCACGUACCUGAACACUCACCACUUUAUUAACUUGCUUACCUCUGAUAGAGAUCUGCUGGGCAAUAUGUUUUUAACAUUUUAUUAUAUUUUUCUAUUUUAAUUUUUUUUAGUAUUGUUUGUUGUCUUAAGACUAUUUUAUGUAGGUUGUUUUAAAAGCACUGAGGUGGAUUUCUGUCCAAUUUCGUUGUUUCCAUACAAUGACAAUAAAGGUAUUUUGAUUUUGA